AUGCCUCACACCGAAAAUACCACGAAUGCGUGUGCCAAUGGCCAUGGCAAUGGGUACAACGAGAACGGCAUAACGGUCAAUGUUGAAGAACUCGCGGUGUCACCUAACCUCCCAGACCAGGUCCCCGGACUGCUCGACAAGAUUGCUGCGUUCAGUAAGCAGUAUCUUGGGGCAGAGCCUCAGGCCAGGUUGAAAUUGCUCGAAACAGCCAGGUCACUGGUGUACGCUCUUGAGACUCCCCGGGAGGCCAUUAUCCGCCACUGCUGGGCAGAGUCAACCAGUUACGCCGCGCUCGAAACAGCUGUUGCUCUUAACCUCUUUACCGCGUUGGGAACACACGAGUCCAAAACCGUCGCGGAGUUGGCAGAAGCAACGGGCGCAGAGCCAGCACUGCUGAGUCAGUUAGAGACUGGUCGUCUGAUGAAACAUCUCGCUGCCAUGGGCGUGAUCACCGAGACCGGAUGCGAUGAGUACCGCCCGACUAGUUUCUCCAAGGUCCUGACAGUGGAAAAGUACAGUGAUGCCUUCCCACUCAUGACAUCGCGAUUCACCAUGGGUAUCCUCGCCCUCCCAGCCUUCCUCGAGAAGACCAAGUACCGCAACCCGACGAGCGCGACAGAUACAGCAUUCCAGCUGGGAUACAAUACAGACAAGGGCUUCUUCGGUCUUCUCCAGCAGGAACCCAUCACGGCAAAGCGUUUCAACAAUCACAUGGGAGUCUAUGCGCAAGGCCGCGCUCGCUGGAUGGAUCCCGGCUUCUAUCCCGUGCGAGAGCGGCUCAUCGACGGUGUUGCAAUCAAUCAAGAGGAUGUACUCCUGGUCGAUGUAGGGGGCAGCUUUGGGCACGAUCUACUUGACUUCCGCCGAAAGUGGCCGGACAUUCCUGGCCGCCUCGUGCUCCAGGACCUCCCGGAGGUCAUAUCAGCCGUCAAGGACCUGCAUCCCUCGAUCGAUAUCACAGCCCACGACUUCUUCACCGAACAGCCGGUGAAGGCAGCUCGGGCCUAUUAUCUGCACUCUGUCCUACAUGAUUGGCCCGACGACCUCUGCAGCAAGAUCCUCGCGAAUCUUGCGGCGGCCAUGAAACCCAGGUACAGCAAACUGCUGGUGAAUGAAAAUGUGAUCCCCGACAAGGGCGCGUACUGGGAGACCACCAGCCUGGAUCUGAUCAUGAUGCAGCUGGGCUCUGGGGAGCGAACUGAGAGGCAUUGGCGUUCCCUGCUCGAGUCAGCCGGGCUGCGGAUUGUCGGCUUUUGGACUGCCCACCGCAGCGUAGAGUCGUUGAUUGAAUGUGAGCUGGCUUGA